GCCUUUGGGAUCCUCGUCGAAGAAAAGAAAAUAGAUUGGAGCACUCCUAUCAGCGCCGUUCUUCCAGGAUUCUAUCAUCCCGAUCGAGUCAUCAGAGAAGAGCUGAAUAUUGUCGAUCUACUGUCUCAUCGUGCAGGAGUCUCGACACAAAAUGCACUUUGGAUCCAGGAACACGGCCAUCUGAAAUUUAGCAAGGAAGAAACUCUGCCCAUGUUUGCAACGCUACCCAAAGUCCGCGAAUUUCGCUGCCAGUUCGGAUACUCCAACUGGGGGUAUGGGCUUGCGGCUCUGUUGGAGAAUUUGACCCCCCUGGGAUUGACCCGCACGUUCACUGAAGAUCCAGACCCGGACACGGACAACAUAGCAGAGCCCUAUGUUCCACUAACUGAUGGUACGAUCAUUCCUCAAGCUCCACCGUCAGUUGCAGAUGGAACUGUCAUGUCAGGCGGGUCCGGAAUCCGUUCCUGUGUCAGCGAUCUGUUGGUGAUGUACAAGGCCCUUUUAAACGCAAGCAAAGAUCAAUUCUCCAACAAUCGCACCUCAACACCGGGUCUGCCGUUUUGCCAAGUUCCCACCAUCCUGAGUUCCCAUGUCCAUAUGCCCGGAACGAGCCUCCUCGAGCACACCUAUGCACUGGGCUGGGUGCGAACGCAGCUGCCCCAGCCAUUGGGUUCAACGGGCACCAAUGGUGCUGUUAUGGACAGUAUGCCUGUUGUCGGUCGCGGCUCCAAGUCGCAACUAGUGAUAAACCACAGUGGCAGCCUGUCGGGGUUCUUUUCCGCAGUCCUUCUCUUACCUGAGACGGACUCGGCGAUCGUCGUUUUGACAAACUCCAUUUCAAAAAACGACUGCGCGGAUUGGAUUUCUCAGCUGCUGCUUGAGGCCCUGAUCGAUAGUGAUGUGAGAAAUGACUAUGUUCACCUAGCCAAAGUCAGCUCCGAAGCCUCUGAUCAAAGGAUGAGUGGCAUACCGAAGCAUCUCGCCGACAGGCAAAUCCCGAAUACCUCCCACAAGCCGUUGUCGGAAUAUACAGGCAGAUACUACAACACCAACGGUCCAUGGUUCCUAGACGUCUUCCUUGAGGAAGACGGCGGACUGCGCUUUUGCAUGAAAGGAGACCGGCGAUAUGUCUACAGACUCUCACACUUUCAUUACGAUACUUUCUCGUGGAUCAUGACUCGUGACGAGCUUGACCGGCUAGGGCGAUUUCCUAACAAUUUCCCAGAAAUGUAUCUCUUGAGGUUUACAACCUGCGAUGAUGAUGAUGAUGAUGAUGAUGAUGAUGAUGAUGCUGUUAACUGUCUGUAUUGGCACAAUGAUCGGGGUAUGGCGGCAAGCGAAUUUUUCAAAAGAGCGGAAGUGCCAGCAUCGGAUGUGCAACAUGAAGAGCUUUAA